AUGAGUGAAGGGGCGGCCGCUGCCUCGCCACCUGGAGCCGCUUCGGCAGCCGCCGCCUCGGCCGAGGAGGGCACCGCGGCGGCUGUGGCUGCGGCGGCGGCGGCGGCGGGCGGGGGCCCGGACGGCGGCGGCGAAGGGGCGGCCGAGCCCCCCCGGGAGUUACGCUGUAGCGACUGCAUCGUGUGGAACCGGCAGCAGACGUGGCUGUGCGUGGUGCCUCUGUUCAUCGGCUUCAUCGGCCUGGGGCUCAGCCUCAUGCUGCUCAAAUGGAUCGUGGUGGGCUCCGUCAAGGAAUACGUGCCCACCGACCUGGUGGACUCCAAGGGGAUGGGCCAGGACCCCUUCUUCCUCUCCAAGCCCAGCUCCUUUCCCAAGGCUAUGGAGACCACCACCACGACCACUUCCACCACGUCCCCAGCCACCUCCGCCGGCGGCGCCGCCUCUUCCAGGACGCCCAACCGGAUUAGCACCCGGCUGACCACCAUCACGCGGGCGCCCACUCGCUUCCCCGGGCACCGGGUGCCCAUCCGGGCCAGCCCGCGCUCCACCACGGCACGGAACACUGCGGCCCCCUCGACGGUCUUGUCCACGACAGCCCCUUUCUUCGGUAGCAGCACUCCGGGCUCCCGACCCCCGGUGCCAGGAACCCCCAGUACCCCGGCCAUGCCCUCCUGGCCCACUGCGGCAUACGCUACCUCCUCCUACCUUCAUGAUUCUACUCCCUCCUGGACCCUGUCUCCCUUUCAGGAUGCUGCCUCCUCCUCGUCCUCCUCCUCGUCUUCCUCCUCUACCACCACCACGCCAGAAACUAGCACCAGCCCCAAAUUUCAUACGACGACAUAUUCCACUGAGCGAUCUGAGCACUUCAAACCCUGCCGAGACAAGGACCUUGCCUACUGUCUGAAUGAUGGCGAGUGCUUUGUGAUCGAAACGUUGACCGGAUCCCAUAAACACUGUCGGUGCAAAGAAGGCUACCAAGGAGUCCGCUGUGACCAAUUUCUGCCGAAAACUGAUUCCAUCUUAUCGGAUCCAACAGACCACUUGGGGAUUGAAUUCAUGGAGAGUGAAGAAGUUUAUCAGAGGCAGGUGCUGUCUAUUUCAUGUAUCAUCUUUGGAAUUGUCAUCGUGGGCAUGUUCUGUGCAGCAUUCUACUUCAAAAGCAAGAAACAAGCUAAACAAAUUCAAGAGCAACUGAAAGAGCCACAUAACGGUAAAAACUACAGUCUCAAAGCAUCCAGCACAAUGGCAAAGUCGGAGAACUUGGUGAAGAAUCAUGUCCAGCUGCAAAAUUAUUCAAAGGCGGAAAGGCAUCCCGUGACUGCAUUGGAGAAAAUGAUGGAGUCAAGUUUUGCCGGCCCCCAGUCAUUCCCAGAGGUCCCUCCUCCCAACAGAGGAAGCCAAUCUGUCAAACACCACAGGACUCUCUCCUCUUGCUGCAGCCCAGGGCAAAGGAGUGGUAUGCCCCAUAGGAAUGCCUUCAGAAGGACACCCACCUCACCCCGAAGUAGGUUGGGCGGAAUCGUGGGACCAGCAUAUCAGCAACUCGAGGAAUCAAGGAUCCCAGACCAGGAUACGAUACCUUCCCAAGGGAUAGAGGUCAGGAAGACUAUAUCCCACCUGCCUAUACAGCUGUGGUGUGUUGAAAGAUCCCUGGACUUAAAGUAUUCAUCCAGUGGUUUAACAACCCAACAAAAUGCAUCAAUAAAUAUGCAACUGCCUUCGAGAGAGACAAACUCCUAUUUUAAUAGCUUGGAUCAAACGGACCUGAUGGGAUAUUCAUCCCCAAGGGCCAGUUCCGUGCCCAUCAUCCCCUCAGUGGGUCUAGAGGAAACCUGCAUGCAAAUGCCAGGGAUUUCUGAAGUCAAAAGCAUCAAAUGGUGCAAAAACUCCUACUCUGCUGAUAUUGUCAAUGUGAGUAUUCCAGUCAGCGAUUGUCUUAUAGCAGAACAACAAGAAGUGAAAAUAUUGCUAGAAACUGUCCAGGAGCAGAUCCGAAUUCUGACUGGUGCCAGGCGGUCAGAAGACUACGAACUGGCCAGCGUAGAAACCGAGGACAGUGCGAGUGAAAACACAGCCUUUCUCCCCCUGAGUUCCACAGCCAAAUCAGAACGAGAGGCCCAAUUUGUCUUAAGAAAUGAAAUACAAAGAGACCCUGCGUUGACCAAGUGACCUGAGAUGUAAGAAUCUGUGCGUUCUAUGCUUUGCUCAACAGGAAAGAGAGGAGAUUAAAUACAAAUUAUUUAUAUGCAUUAAUUUAAGAGCAUCUACUUAGAAGAAACCAAAUAGUCUAUCGCCCUCAUAGUGUUUUUUAACAAAAUAUUUUUUUAAAGGGAAAGAAACGUUUCAGGAGGGAUAAAGCUUACCACUAAAGCUUUUGGGUAGAAUUCUGAACACAAUUUCAUUUAGUCCCGACA